GACAUUUGGUCCUAUAUAAAGACCCGCAUAUGUGACUGGUCUCUCACAUUCUUGUUCUCAGAACAAAAGUAGGCUGUAUACUAGAGCAUCUGUAGUAAUCUUCAAUGGCAUCCCUCAUUAUUCCAGAUCAGUUCUCUGCUAACCAAGAUGCCGAGGCUCUUCAAAAGGCGUGUCAAGGAUGGGGGACUGAUGAGAAGGCCAUCAUCUGCUUACUGGGUCAUAGAAAUGCAGCUCAAAGAAAAGAAAUCAGGGUAGUGUAUGAGCAACUCUAUCAAGAAGAUCUUAUUAAGCGCCUUGAAUCUGAGCUCUCUGGCGAUUUUGAGAGAGCAGUGUAUCGUUGGACAUUGGAUCCAGCUGAUCGUGAUGCUGUUUUGGCUAAUCUGGCCAUCAAGAAAGCCGAGUGCGACUACAAUGUCAUCAUCGAAAUCUCUUGCAUUCGGUGCCCUGAAGAGCUUCUAGCUGUAAGAAGAGCUUACCAGCUUCGCUACAAGUGCUCCUUGGAAGAAGAUCUAGCUCAACAUACUACUGGUGAUAUCCGCAAGCUUCUGGUUGCUUUGGUGACUGCUUACCGCUAUGAGGGUAACGAGAUCAAUGUAAAGUUGGCAGAUACAGAAGCAAAUAUUCUUCAGGAUGCUAUCAAAGAUAAGUGUUUUAAUCAUGAAGAAAUUAAUAGAAUCCUGAGUACAAGGAGCAAGACACAGCUCAUGGCAAUAUUUAACAAAUACAGAGAUGACCAUGGCACCUCUGUUAGCAAGAGUUUCUUGGAGGAUGGGGCUAAUGAUUUCCAUAAGGCAUUGCAUACUGCCGUUCGAUGCCUCAAUGACCACAAGAAGUACUUUGAGAAGUUACUUCGCAAAGCAAUCAUAGGGAUAGGGACCGACGAGGAUGCUCUCACUCGUGUGAUCAUUACAAGGGCAGAGAAGGACUUGAAGGACAUCAUGGAAGUUUAUUACAAGAAGAACAGUGUUCCUCUGGAACAGGCUGUGGCCCAAGACACUUCAGGGGACUACAAGACCUUUCUCCUUGCUCUGUUGGGAAAGGAGGACUGAGAUCCUUUGAACAAAUUUAAAUCAAGCUCCUGAGCUAUGUUUGAAGCUGCUAUAUCCAUUUGCGUUUUAUGUGUGUAUAUUCUAUACUCGAUCGAUCAAUAUGCUUUGGUGCUCUGCGACCAUCUGUAUUAAUGUUCCUGGAGAGGAAGUGUUUAUAUGAAAUGUGUGUUAAAAAUGGAAUUCAGAGUGCAAUUUACCAA